AUGGAAAUUGCAUGCUUUUAUCAUGUGCCCAUGUUGAGUAUGGAGAAGGAAAUGCUCAAGCAAUGGAAUGAGCAGAUGGAAUGGUGGGAUGAGUUUUGUUCGUUUUUGCAUCGGAAGCCAGCACUCGUAGAGGCUGUAAUGAAGAUUUCUUUGAGAGCAGAUUUAAGGCCUACCGUUAAAUAUAAUGCUUUGAUGAUGAUUUACCAGUAUGUCAAGAUUAGUAAGGAAACUGAAAAUUUAGUAUUGCUCACUCUCGUAUGCAUUCGGAUACAAGUCAAACGAGUGGAGGCCUUCACCAUUGCACCCAAAUCUAUAAUCGACAUUGUUCAUCAUCGUCAAAAAUCUAAUGCCAAUCUUACCGAAAAAGAUAUCAAUGAGUUGGAGAUGAAAAUAUUAGAGACUCUCAAUUUUGAAAUUAAUUUUGUGUCUGUAUUCGAAUUUGUGGAAUUGUAUGCGGCAUGUUUUUGGAACUUGGCAUCGGAAAGACUGAAUUUGGAGAGCAAAAUUUUCAUGAAAGCAGCAGAACAAGUGUGUGAUGUGUUGUAUUUGAGUGCGUCGUAUUUGGUAAAGCAAAAAAAUCCUAAAUUAUUGAGCGGUGCCAUUAUUGCGUGUGCUUCUGAAGUUAAGUGUGGAAAGAAAUUAGCUGCUUUAAAUUUUUGGAUUUCACAUGUUACAGGUGAAGACGAUGAUGUCAUUCAGAAGCAUACCAAAGAAUUAUUUAAAUUAUUACAAGAGGAUUGA